UCACCCACCAAGAACGGACGUCAUCGAUUUUUUGAGUGGUAUAAAACAUUUUUAACGUUUGAUAUCGUGACCCUAUCUGUUUUCACGCGAAUUGUUUUGGGAGGUUUUUGUUCCUUCUCUGGACCGGAAAACAAAAUUAUUGGGCGUGCGUGUGUGUGUGUGUCUCUCUGUCUCCAGGAAAUUGAAUUCAACAUUUCGGGGACUUGAUUACUGGCUGUGCUCGACAGGGCCACAUCAAUGAUGACAAGCUGCCAUUUAGUUCCAGCGUCGUUGGUGGCCAUUUUGGUCUUGGCCGUCGUCUGCUGUCAAGAUUUGGAUCCGUGCGAUCACCAUCGUGUGCUGGACGAUUUCCGCCGCAGCCCGCUGUACCAACCGCAGACGCCCCGCGAUGUCCUGUGUGACCGACAACUCUCUGUCGGGUGGUACCGGUUCACCAUACAAAACCGGUCGGCUGAGAUGCCGACCCGCUGCGCUUCGGUCAACUACUGCGGAACACAGGCACCCCUUUGGUUACGACUGGACGAUGGCCAACGCCUUCCCGAUACGUUCCAGCAAGCGCAGCUGACUGCCUGCUCUUCCUGGAGUCGUCAUCAUUACGACGAUGAGGAUGACAGCGUCCCCGUGACUGAAUAUGACGACUGCUGCGCCAUGAAAUACCCCGUUUCCGUUCGCAAUUGUUCCAGCUAUUUCGUCUAUCGACUCCAGCCGACUGAAGCCUGCAACAUGGCUUAUUGCGCCCAGCUUCCUUCAACGAGCGGAGAUCAUGUUUUCACCUUUGACCGGCCGCCUGAAAUUCACGCCGAUGCCGAUAAUCUCAACUGCUCUAUUGCUGCGUUCAACUCCUCCCAUCACGGCGUUAAGAAAUUCCGUUUCCACUGGAUCGUUUUGUCCGGCACGGGCCAGCAGACGACCGUGCAGACAUCGGCUGAGAAAUCGGAACAUUACGAUCUCCUACCACGACAGAAAAUCACCGCCGGCAAUAAGGUGAUGUGCCAAGUGGAGGUUAUCUUAGAAGAUGAACCGAAUAACCCAAUGACGUUGAUGAGCAAUCCGUCUGUUACGAGCCCCGUUUUCACAGCCGGAAUCGUCAUUAGUCCGGGCGUGGAUGAUGUCAUCAAAGUGUACAAGAACGGCAGCUUCGUCAAUGUCACCUUGACAGCCACGGUGCCUUUCACCUGCGCCGCCCACAUUAAUCAACACGACUGCCAUUUGACUGUUCAAGUCGUUCAACCGGACGAUGGCCUUUCGCAACCUCUGGCCAUUUCACAGUGCCAGUUAUCGCUCGAUUCGGGAACGACGCCUGUCCAGCGACAUGUUCUCGUCGUGCCCGUCACCGAUUUCGUACGAACGAAUUCGCGCAAACGCCCAGUCGUUCUCCAGCUGCUUGUCAGCAGUUACGGUGACGCCUGGUGGCAUGGAUAUCAAUUACCCAACAUCACUUUCCAGGUUUUGGAUGUCCCACCUAUUCAAUGUUACGCUUUUACGCAAGGACACGUCAUUAGCGUGGCCGAUUCCCUGGAUAAAGUGGAUCAAGCUGGACGCCAUUUACUUUACAGCAAUCGUCAACAGUCGUUUGAAGUUUGGACGGAAUAUCAGUCUUGCUAUUCAGGCCGGAAGGAUGCCUUGUGUAUCUGUUCAGCUGAAGUUCGUUCGUUAUCAGGAGAUGAGACCUUUCUGAUGGAUCGAUGUCAGCCAUUGCAUUCAAGACGCACGACGAAUAAUCCUUACCAAAUCCUCGGUGGAAAAAGACCUCUUCCAAAAAUGUCAUUGACUGGAAAAAUUCGUAAUGGCCGGAAACAAUUUAAAGUGCUUGAAUCUCGGCAAGGCAAACUCAUCACGGUGGUUUUGGAACACGGAGGCAAAGUGCGCAUUCGUACAGAAGAGUGGGGAAUGUCUGUGUCUAUCGUGGACGCCGGGCCAGAGCCAGAAGAGCUCACCGAGACGAUUGGUGGUCUGUGCAAUACGGAUAAUAAUAUCCGAUUAGCAGAUUCGAUUAAAAUUAAGAAAAAACAAUCACAAGCACUUUUUUCGGAAGAAUUUUGCGCUUGCAGACCUUCCCAGGACGCAUACCUCUCCAAUGUCAUACUUACGAAUAAUCUCAAAUGCGAUCCUGCACUGGAAGACUGUCCACCCGUAUGUCAGCAGCCGCAAUCUGUCGUCGAGUGGACGACAUUUUUCAAUUAUUUGGACAUUAGCGAUCAAGUCCGUGUCGAUGUCGAUGAAGACAUUGUCAACAGCUUUAAUUUGAUAGACACCCCACAAAGAGAUUCGGCUUCGGUGGAGGAAAACGAUGCUCGAAUUCAACAACAUCCUCCUGCGGUGGAUCUUACCUGGUCCUCUUUCAAGAGUUCCAGUAGCGGCACUAACCUCGGCCGUGACAUUCACUGGACAUUGGCCAACAGCCGCAAUCGUAGAAAUACUCUAGAAAAAAUGGAUGGAGAAGGCAGCCACAAUACCUGGAAUGACGAAGAAGAGGUCACUCUCUACUGUUCCAAUUUCCUUGUCAAUUCGACCGUGGCACUCGAAUGUGGACAAUAUCUAGUAGGCAAUUUCAUUAUGAAGGCUAUCCAGAUCUGCGUUGAAGAUGUCAACCGCAAUGAGGAUCCCGCCUGGGCUCAAGAGUCUUUGGGUCUCUUGGAAGAUCAGUGUGAAGUAGAAGCAACUUAUCGAAGAGCUUCUGACUGGCCACGAAAUAUCCUCGGCCGUCCUGUUAUUCCGCCAAUCAUAAUCGAAGCCCUCAAUUGUCCCAAUCGUUGUUCCCAUAAAGGAGUUUGUUUACCUUACGGAUGCGUUUGUCAGCCUGGAUUUUACGGAAGUGAUUGCAGCCUAAUGGAUGAUACGCCUCCACGGAUCGAGAAAGUUGGCAAUGGCGAUGGACUGUGUGAUCUUCGCGCAAGCGAGUGUCGGAAAAUCGAAAUCGUUGGUAGCGGGUUCAUUGAUUCAUCCCGUUUGAAUUGCCAGAUACAUCCAGGCCGCUAUGACGGGUCUAACUGGCAACGUGGCAGUUAUAACAACCGCAGCAUUCCGUCAUCUGCUCAGUUUGUCGAUCAAGAACGAAUUAUUUGCCACUUGCUGCUGGCGGGCUCAAACCGUCGUCACGUGCUGGAAGAUGUCAGCGAAGAGUUGCACUUGGAAAUCCGUAUCACUAACGACGGUAUCCAUUACAGUGUACCAACUAGCAGACUAACCAUCUACCACUCUGGAUGUCGAUCCUGUCCCGCCAAAAAAGACAGCUGGCCAUUGUGUGGGGAUCGGGAAGAUGUCUGUUAUCUGGACAACUCUUGCUACCCAGACGGGGAGGUCAAUCCGCAUAAUCCGUGCCAGAGCUGCAGUUUGGAUCAUCCCCAAUCUUGGAGCAUUAAUCCCAACAACUUACCCCCGGUUGUCUCUAAUCGGCUUAAAACGACAGCUUAUGAUGGUCAGGUGUUAGAGUAUGCCAUUCACGCUGUAGAUCAAGAUCCGCUUCAUUUUCGACUGGUAGAUCCGCUUUCCGAUGCACAAGUCACGCCGGAAGGAAUUUUCCGCUGGAAGGCUGUUUCUAAUGCACUGUCUCCGUUCAAUCACGAGGCAUUUGCUCUCACUGUUUCCGACCAGUGCAAUCACCCUGUUCAUUUCCAUCUACACGUCGAUGUUCUACCCUGUCCGUGCUUGAACGGAGGUACGUGUCGUAAUCCACCAGACGAUUUCAUUACAUCCAAUCAGAUCGAUCCGACAUACCGCUGCCACUGCAAAGAGGGGUUCACAGGGCCGGAUUGUGCCAUUCGGAUGGAUUUCUGUGACCCUAAUCCCUGUCGGGAUGGAUUAUGCUUGAACGAAGUUGAUGGCUAUGUCUGCGACUGUUUCCCAGGUUUUAAAGGCAUUCAUUGCGAUCAAAAGGAUGUCGAGAAUACUCUCUCUCCGAUCAUGAUAGCUAAGCACAAUGAUACUUCUUCCAAACAAGAUGGAUGUACGAUUCCUUGUCAAAAUGGAGGGACAUGCCUGAGACGCAAUCGUUGCCAAUGUCCUGAAGGAUUUGCCGGUCGUCAAUGUCAGUGGACCGCCCCUACCUGUCAUCCAAGUUGCCUUAAUGGCGGACACUGCAGUCGCCGAAAAGUUUGCGCAUGCAAAAAAGGCUGGACUGGUUCUCGUUGUGAGAGUGCAAUUUGUGGGCAGCCUUGUUUGAAUGGAGGUGUUUGCUCAGCUCCUGGCAAAUGUACUUGUCCAGAUGAUUAUCAUGGAUCCAGGUGUCAAAAAGCAAUAUGCAAACCGAAAUGUCGAAGAGGUGGUAAAUGCAUCGGACCGGGAAUCUGCCUUUGUCGCGCAGGUUUCGCUGGAUCAAAUUGUGAACUACGUCUGUCAUCAGCUGGCAAAAGAAACUGGAAGAAAACCAACUCAAUUGGUAAAGCCAAGGCCGUUUUCCUGGAAACGUGAAAUCCUGAUGAAAUAAUGAAAAACAUAAUUCCUGUAUCUUAACACUUCAUUCGGACCUUUUUACUUCGUAAUCGGCUCGUCAAUUUUCUUUUUUGAACCCAACCAAUACUGAGUCGUAAACGUAUUUAACUUGCCGUCACGUCAAUUUACGAGGUUAUUGUAUGUGUAGCUGGGACUUGACUGAAUGUUGUAGCCCACUUUGCUCACUGCCAUCUGUACAGUAAUUUUUUUUUUGCAUUUUUUUUUAUCUUCACCCUACGACGUGGAGGGUCAAACAUUGUCGCGACUUACAUCACAAUACAAUAACUAUUUUAUUUCUAGA